AUGAAUCAAAGCAGUGAAGGAUGUAUGAAAAAGAUUAGCAAUGUGAAUAUUGACAAACUUAUAAAUGACUUCUCACAGAUAGAAAAGAGGAUGAUAGAAAACAGUGGAAAGAACAAUAUACUGGAUAUGCAGUUGGAAAAAGCUAACUGUUUAUUGAAAGUAAUGCAAACAAAGGAGGUCGCAAUUAAAGAAGAAUGUGCUACUCUUCAUAAUAUGAUAAAAGGGCUACAACAGACCAUUGAAUAUCAACAUAAUUUGAAAGGUGAAAAUGAACAACUAAAAAGAAAUGCUGAUCUUAUGAAAGAAAAGUUAAAAACUCAUGAACAGGAAUAUAAGAAUAGUAUUGCCAAACUUAUGAGUGAAAUGAAAAUCAAAGAGGAGGGACAUAAGACAGAAAUAACAAAACUUUAUCAAGAUAUGCAGAAAAAAGUUGAAUUAAGUGAAGAAAAGAAUAAAGAACUGAUAGAGAAAAAGGAGGUGGAAAUCUCAGAGUUAAAUGCAAAGUUAAGAACUCAAGAAAAGGAAAAACAAAGUGAAAUAAUCAAACUACAGCUAGAGUUUGAUGCCAAACUAGCAAGAGUUCAAACUAAAUCAAAAUCAUAUCCAGAUUCUACUGUUUUGCCACACAGUAUCUACAGAAGGAAGCUUCAGCACCUUCAAGAAGAAAAAAACAAGGAGAUUGCAGUUCUUCGUAAUACCAUUCACGAUUUAGAGCAACGCCUCUCUGUUAGCAAAGAUUCUCAAUUUAAACUUGCCGGCAAAGAUUCUUACUUUAAGCGUAGACGGUUUUGA